UAUACGUAUUUUAAAUCAAUAGCAAUGUAGUUGUUGUAGCGACGUUUGGGUCCGUCUCUUUCGGUAGUUGCACGGGUCUCAUUUGUAAACAUAUCAAAAUAGAAAAACGACUGGAUAUUUGAUUUCCGUUUUAAAAGGGAAACAUCAAAACCGAUCACUUUGAAAAGACACCUAGCUGACUUUAUUUCACGACAAUAGCAGGGAUCUAUCUAUCUUGGACCUGUGUACUGUACACGCGUGCGUUUGUGUGUUUUAAAAUGGAUAUAUAAUAGGGUCAAGUUUAAUAUAAGUAAUAUUAAAUUAUACCCUGUAUAUUGUACACACGUGUGCGCGUUUCAAGUGUUGAUGCGAUUUUAAAAAGGAUAAAAAUUUAAACACAUUUGAUUUGUCACAGGCGUUUUAAUUUGAAAUGCUCAAUAAUCAAACGCUUGUUAAAACAAUCAAUUAUAAUCAUUAGCGUAUGUGUUAUUUAACGUUUGUGUUUCAUUUGAAGUAGGAGCAAUUUUGCCAAAAUGUGAAACUAAAGUUGAUCGUUGGGCUUAAAAAGCAAGUUUGUCCGACUUGUGGAGUAGUUUGCGUCUCCCCCAGCAGGCGGGACUCGAUGCCGCUUAAAUUGACCAGAUUUGCCAUUUGCUUUUUUAAAUCCCACAAUUGUAGUCUGGUGUGAUCUAAAUGGGUUUACUCGGUCAUAUUUUUAUUUUCCGAGGAAAUGUGCGUGAUUGAGCGGUUUGAUUGUCGUUGGAAUCGUUUGAGUUGCCCGGUUUUCAAAUGUGGUUUUCAGUGGUACAAUAUUGUAGAAAGUCUCACGGAGAAGCGUUGUAAUAUUUGCCAACAUUGGGAACGAUUGCGGUUGCCUUCUUUUGCGAAAUGACACGUUAGAUGCGCAUUUGCAAGUGUCCCUUGUCGAGUUGCUGGAAUUGCAGUUUUGUCCUGUCCGCUUCUCGUUUGUGUCCGCGAAGGCGUCACGUCAGCAGGUGUUUUGGCGGCCUCGUUAACUGAUGAAGUUCAGCUGCUCGCCGACGAAGGAGGACCAGGACGGAAGUCUGGAUGCCAGGACGGAGGACGCAGGACGGAGGACGAAGGCAUGCAGAAAGGCCUCAAAAAGUACUUCGUCAACAUGGACGACUACCUGGGCAGCCUCGGUCUCUACCGCAAGAUGGUCGCCAGGGACGCGUCCAGUCUCUUCCGGGCCGUCUCCGAGCAGUUGUACUAUUCUCAGAACUAUCACCACACGAUUCGUCAGGAUUGUGCCGACUUCAUGAGGGCGAAUGCGAGCGUCUUUGAGCCGUUCGUCGAAGGCUCAUUUGACAAGUAUCUCGAGCGCCUGGAGGACCCCAAGGAGACGGUGGGUCAAGUGGAGAUCAAAGCUCUGUCACAGCUCUACAGGCGCUGCUUCCUGAUCUACCGUUACCCCGGGAAACCCGCCACCGUCAUCUCGGAGGGCGACUUCGUCGACAAGGUAACGCUGUCCUGCUCCAUCAACGGUCACUAUGACAUCGUGUACCCCAGGAGUUACAUCAACUCCGCCGCCCUGUGCCAGUCCAUUGUGUACGAGCUGCUCUACACGAAGGUGUUCAGUUGGGAGGAGGCGGAGCUGAGUCAGGCUAUGGAGUCGUUCAGGGUCGGAGGUCGGAGGUAUAGAAACAGCCCGUCUGCAAGUAGCGAUGUCGACUUUGGCUAUGACGUCCCGGAGGACAGAGGUCACAGGGAGGAGGCGGAGUCAAGCGAGGAGAAGCCGCGAGUGUCGACGACGGAAGACGUCAAGCCGCCAUCAGAAGCCCCGCCCCCGAGCAGACUGUGCCUGCCUUAUAAGGUGAUGAAGUCGCUGGACGGCGACAUUUACCGAAACGUCGAGUUUGACGUCUGGCAGGACACCUGCAAAGAGAUGCAGAAGGCGGACUACAUGGUGUUUGCGGGCCGCCAGUAUUUCCUGGGGGAUAAAUGUCAGGUGCGUCUGGAGCCCAAGGGGAAGUACUUCAACGCCUUCAUCCAGGAAGUGGGAACGCACUCGAGUGCGGUCACCGUCUUCAUUGAAGAGUUGGGAGAGAAACAUUUGGUACCGCUGAUGGACCUGAAACCCGUCAAUCCGGUUCCGGCCUGGAACGUGUCUGCUCCGACCCGCAAAGCCGAGCUCGACGCAGAGGUGCGAGGUCACCAGCGGCAUCCACGCCAUCGCUACUUCCGGAAGUCCCGAGGGGGCGGUGCUGUCGUCAAGGGGGCGGAGCUGGCGAUGCCCCCGCCCUCUUCCUACGGAGGUCCCGCCCCCUCUCCGCUCCCUCCCCGCUUCCAGCCGGCGGGGCACCCCCGGCCCCCCUUGCCGCCUGCCCCUUCCGCCGCCGGAGCCGUGCCUUACGAUCCCUACGCUCCUCCGCACCACCAUCAGCACGCGGCCAGACCGCCGAGAUACGGUGCCACCAGCUCCACCCGCUUCGUGAACCGUCACCUGAUUGGUCCUCAGUUUUCGUACUACCCGCCCGGGAGGCGUUACUACGACUACGACAGCGUCGCCUUCAGGUCUCGUCGCAGUCGUCGUCACGCGGCGGUGGCGCUCGCCAAAGAGUGUCACUUUUUCAACGCUGACGAGCCGCCGGCCGAACUGGACGCCGCCGUCUCGUACUUCCACGUCGACGAUGCCGGCGGCCAUGACGUCUUCGCGACCCUCACGAAUUCUUCCGUGCCCCAAUCUCAGAGUGUGGGAGCCCCGCCCCCUCCCUCCGGCUCAUCCUAUCGCGUCCAGAGAGGCUCGGGGUGCCUCCCGCUCACCCCGCAGGCAGGUGGCGCCCUCGGGUGUUCUUCAGAAGAAGAGCAGGAAGACGUCGGCGCUGUCGAUGAACAGGAUUUCCGAGAGGACUUUAGCUACGACACUCGCGACGCCAGCUACCAGACGCCAAUCAUCUACACGAGCGACACCGCCCACAUCGACACACCCGCCGGACAGGACCAGGUGGAAGGGGGUGUGGCUGAGUCACCGCCAAGAGCUGAUUUGAGCUACAGCUACACGCAGCAGGUGGUAAAGCCAGUGGCGGUGAUUUCUUCCUCCCCGUCCUCCUCUUCCUCCUCUUCGCCCUCGUCUUCAUCAUCCCGUUUGCCCGCCGCUGUUCACAUGCCCUCAGCGACGCAUGCGCAACCUCGAUCAGUUGCCAUGGCGAUCCCAGCUGCCACCCCCUGGUUGGUUAAUGAGCUGGGGGAGGGGCUGUGUUCUGUGGUAGCUCCGCCUCCUUACUCCUAUGACCCCAAUGGCUGCGACCUGCCCAGAGACUUCCGCGUGCUUCAGUUUUACUUCAACCUCGGAGUGCAGGUGACAACACAGCGGGGGCGUGGCAACUCUUUUUGGUGGUACCAUCAGAGCUGCUGGCAGCCGCAGCAGGCGUACCCCCCCUCGUACUCUCCCGAUGCUGCCUACCCCUACCAGCACUACCCGCCCCCCUACCUGGGCCAGGAAGCCCCCCUGCACGCUGCCCCCCCCUCCUACCCUGAGUCAGGGCGCGGACCCCACCAGCCGCCGCCCCCCUACCCAGAAUCCAACAGGAUGGCCGAGAUUCAGACGGACGCGCACGGCGGGUGGUCGGUCGUUUGCGCUUUUUCUGAAUUUCCGUUUGGAUGACAAAAUGCUAAAUAUGCUAAUUCUGUCUCCCAGGCCCCGCUCAUCCAAUGGAAGGCCCCUCCCUCAACCCGCCACCUUCAGGCACAGCGAUGUACCCGGACCAGAUGCCCCUACCUUCCGUGCUGCACCUGCCUUACGAAGCUCCGCCCUCAGCCGCCUACCUGUCAUCUGCCCCGCCCCCUCCUCUGGCUCACUCUCCCCACCACUCUUACCACCCCAUCGUGCCCGCCUCUGCACAUUGGGGAGGACACACCUCGCGGGUCUACUGCCCCGCCCCCAACCCCGCCCACGUGGUGGGUUACAUCACUGCUCCGUCCGCGCACUUCAUGCCGCCUAGCGCCUGACGCCCACUUGCACCAACCCUGGCUAGCUUGCCACUGAAUUAAGUUUGUUUAGCUUGUUAGGAUGGGCAUCUUUGAGUUUGUCCCAGCCAAUCGGAGAGGAGGGUGUGGCCAGUCCAUUUUUUGUUGAAGGGAUGUUUUGUUCGCGGAUUGGUUUUUGUUCACUUGGUUAAUAAAGUUUGUCACCAGCAAGAAA